AUGUGACAGGAUGUGGUUUCCCUGAGCUUGCAGAACAUCGGUAUACAGGCAUACUUUGAGCAUGACCUAAACACACCAAGCUUACAAGUGUGUUUGAGCUCCGUUAGGUGGCGAGGGGGAAGACGAGGCAAACCGCUGGAGCUGCUGCUGCUGCUGUGCCUGUAGAGCUGACAGACGCUCUGGUUUCUCUGUUGCCUGCCAGAGGAUUGUGUUUCCUUAAAGCCGGCCAGCUCCACAGCAACCUCUGUCAGCUUGUCGGACAGGAUCUGAAGCCGUCCUCCAUCCUCUCUUUGUGCUGGUCUCCUUCUAAGUAGAAUGUGUUUCUCUGCUGGAAUUUUUGGUCCUCUUGCUGCCUUCGCGUCCAAGCAGUGAACUUUUCAACGAUAUUGUGAAACAGGGUCCGUGCACAGAGAGACAGACACACUGUGGAGCCAUGGGCUGCGGGCUGCGUAAGAUGAAGCCAAUGUCGGAGGAGAGCAGUCCAGGGAAGAUUUACUCCACCUUGAAGAGACCACAGGUGGAAACCAAAGUGGGUGUGGCCUACACCUACCGCUACCUGGAUUUCCUCAUCGGCAAAGAUGGUGGGACGUCCACGCUGCGUCUCUCGUCGGUGCGGGAGCUGCCAGGCCAGCUGCAGGAGCUUUACCAGCAGGGCUUUGUCCUGGCAGCAGUUCACCCGUUCAUCCACCCCUGUGGUCCUGAGUCCAACAGCCCUCAGCAUCAGCUUUACCGGGCCAUACUGGUCCGACUUAACGACGGGUCGGAAUGGAGCCAGUCAGUCUGCCCACCGUACAAACUACAGCUGGAAGAGUGUCUGUCUGCUGAGCAGGUGCCCACCCCAGAGCUCAUCCAGGGCUACGUCAAGAAGCAGAUCCAGGAUGCUGCUGACCAAGGGGUGAUGUUUGUGGGAUUUGUCCAGGAACCCUAUGGGGCCCCAUGCACCAGGAUCAGAGAACCAGACACCCCCUCCAUUUCCCUGCACUCCAGUCCCAGCUCUGUGCUCGGUUCCCUGGGCAGCUGCAGCCCCUCGAACCCCUCAAGCCCCAGAAACCAUGCAGAACCUGGAGCUCAAGCUGAAGCAGUGGACAAAGAGGGGAACGAGGAAGCCUCCUGUAAGUCUGGGGAAGGAGCACCAAGUGGGGAGAAGAAUCAAAGUGAGAACACUGGGAACCAUUCAGGGGGCGGGGUGGAGGGCAGUCUGGAUGAGGUCUCGCCUGCGGCGUCUCCAAUAUCAGAGGGAGAUCUGGAGCACACGGAGGAACUGACGGUGGAGGACUCGCCGUGUCACAAUAACAAUAAAGACAGUGGCAGAGACACAAAGGAAAGGCAGAGAUACCGCCUGCGGAGGGGUGAUGGGGCGGAACUGCUCGCUUUGUACAACCACCCACCAGUCCGAGAGGGCCAGGUGAAGUACUACACUGUCAAGGUGCCACUGCGAGUUCAAAACUGUGAUGAAGGGGUUAAAGGUGUUGAAGCCAACUGGCUGGAUCACAUGACCCAGCACUUCAACAAUGGAGCCUCACUGGUCGAUGGAUACUUCCACCUGGGCAACGUGAACGAUAUGCUGCCUAAGUCGGUGGAAAGUGUCUUCAUCUUCCAGGAAGGGAGCGAGAGCGAGCCGAACGUAUCCACCACGACAUAUGACGCGAUCGUAGUGGAGCAGUGGACUGUUAUUGAUGGUUUGCAGGUGAAGGCAGAUUAUGUUCCCCUGCUUCAGUCCCUGGCUACAUAUGGAUGGAGGCUCACCUGUGUUCUGCCAACUCCGGUAAUCAAAACUAACAGUGAUGGAAGUCUGUCCACCAAACAGAUUGUUUUCCUGCAGAGACCCAUCUUGGGCCGAAAGAGAAAGGAAUCAAAGAAAUUGAUCUUCAAGCCCCGGAGCAAGUCCAACAAGAACUGCAUCAAAGACACAGCAAAGAACAACAAGAAGAAGAAAAAAACUAAAAUGGAGAAGGACACAGAGGAUCCAAAGAUUCUUGAUGACAAAGAAAAGGUUGAGAAAGAGGAAGAGAAAAGUAGGGAUGAAAGGGUGAAUGCCACCGAUGUAGAGUCAGCAAGAGAAAGUGAGACAUCCAAAGAAAGGGAGGUGGGAUGUGAGGAAGAUAGAAAGAUCGAUGACGGGAUCGAAAUCAGCAUAGAGACUGUUGAAAAGAAAGAUGGAGGAGCGGCGACAAAAGACAAACGAGCAGAAAAUAGCAAAGAAGAAGAGGGAGAAGAAAAAAUAGCACUGGAUGGAGCGGGAUCAAAAGAGAAUGGAGAGCCUUUCGAAAAUGGCGAGGUCCAAGAGGUGACGGAAAUCGUUGCAACUGUCGAAACACAGAGCAAGACCAAAGAGAAGAAGGAUGAGUGCGUAGCAAAAGUUGAAGCUGUGAUCGAAAACGGGGUUGCGACGGAUGAGGAAAAAGACAAGGACGAAGAGGACGCGAUCAAACGCAAGACAGAAGAGCCAGCAGGCGUAGAGAUCAAUGCCAAGGAGAUCGUGGCAGAUUCACUGGCCACACCGACUAAUCAAAACCCAGAGGAGACUCAAGAGUAGCCCCAAGUAGUAUAAGUCAAGGUUUUUCCCUGCCCUACCUCUCAAAUUCCCCAUCUUAAGAACUGAUUCACAGUGUUGUCCCUGAUCCAAAUUAAAGGGGCUUCAAUCCCCAUCGCUGCAACAUUCUCCAAACCUACCAUCAUUCAUAAACAAGUCCCCCACAACCUGCCACAGUAUAGACACAGAACAAUUUCAUGUAACUGCAGACAUCAGCCCUACUGUAUAACCACACAUACUGAAUGUAUAUAUCCAAAACAGGAGAUUUUGGUGCAGGAUAGUCAAUGUGGAGACACUGGAAUAAUUGGAUGAGGGGGUUUGAAUGUUGAAUGAUGCAAUGAUCAAAUUAACUGCAUUCUUCUUUUACUUGUGAAGAAUGAUGACGAAUGAUGAACAGUUUAGAGGACUGGUCACACCAGAAUGUAAAACAACACCAUUUAAAAAAAUAUCAAAGGAGGUAUAAUCAGUUUCUUUCUUUCUCUUUCUUAUAAGUUUGACACACAAAUUUGCACCACUAACCAAUCGAUUAAUAGAAACCAAUUUUGACAGUGUUAAACUUUGAAGCAAUGGUGACUCUGACAGUCAAAAUGGAGGAAGCUAUCGUAUCUUGUUAGCUGUGUUGCACCAAACCACUUUUACCUCCUCCUAUUAAACUCCUCUGUCAGAGUAUUAACUGCUCCACAAAAGAGGCAGCCUCUGCAGACAUUUAUGAAACAAGGGUCAAUGCUACAAAUACUUCUUUUGAAUAAACUGUGUGAACUUAUUGUCCCGUUGGCGACUGAGAUAACUAGCCAAUGCUCAGACUCUUUAUUGAAUGAAAUGGUGUAUAAACCAUAAUUUAAGAGUGGAGUGAACAGGACAGUACUGAAAAAAUAAAACCUAGGAAACUAUUGAGACUGACUAACACUUGUGUGUUAGUGGUUAGCUUACAAGAUACAUUAGUCUACCAAAUAUCCCUGCAAAUAGUCCCUCCCUCACCAAGCCUCUAGAAUUACAAAUUUCUCAAAGGUACGGAAAUAAAUUGCGCUGCCACUUUCUGGUGUGACCAGGCCUUUUCUUUCUUUUUUUGACGUCAACUUUUAAUGUGUCUAAUUAGGGUUUAUUAGAUACUGAAAGGAUAACAGUUUUUUUUAUAAUAAUGGAUAGAAGAAAGUUCUCUAUCUACCCAGUUAUAGCACCUGUUACAAGGUGUACUUUCACCUGAGAGUUGAGCUCUUUUCAGUUUGUGAAGGGAGCUCCAAAAUCCAAAAGGCAGAAUCUUGACAGGACAAAGGCCUUCUUCAUCCACACGACUGACAAUAUAAAGGCAGGUAUGCUCAGAAAAGCAUAUUACGUGAUCACAGACUGUAUCACCAUUUCUUGUUCCUUCGUUCUGUGCACCAUAGAAAGUUCUGAUGUGGAGGGAACAUGGAGAAGAACACUGGUAGAGGUGAAGGGAAAGACGUUUGUUGCGACAGGCAAUCCAAAGUAGGGUGAAGAGAUAAUUGUUUACGCUGAGCUCUAAGCCGUCAAGUGCUUCAAAGAGAGCCAAUAAUCACUCUUUGGUGUGGUGUGCUAAGCUCACCUUGCAUACAGAAUGUUCCAUAUUCAAAGCCAAGUCAGAUAAGGAUGUGAAAUUCAGCUGAAUGUUUGCAGCUUGAGGGCAGAACUCAUAUUUAGAUGCACCUAGUUAGCUUUUACAUACAGGAGUGAGGAUUUAUUUCCACGCAAAGCUGCAUUUUUAAUUAAAUUUCCAGUCAAUGGCCACAAACAAAAGCUCUUGUCAGUGCGGAAACAAGGUUAAGCUGUGUGGUCAGGACCGAGCAUUGUUGUUUACUGAGACCAAGACUGAAGAUUGAGAAGGAGAAAUUGAGACAAAGAAAAAGGUUGAGAGCGAAAGAGAAAGACCACAGAGCAUAAGAGAGUCAAAUAAAAUAAAUGAAUUGGCUCAUUUAAAGUAACGGCCGUUUGCGUCCCACAUUCCCCACUGAGAUUUCCUUCAUUAUUUUACCUCCAGCUCUUUAAGCACCUCUUACCAGACAUCAUUUCUGACAAUAAGCAAGUCAUAAUGUGCUGUUUCACGGCAUCAAGUAGCUUUCCAUUUUAAAAGGGGGGUGGGGGUGAGGGAGAAGUGGAGGGAGGAAGGUGGCAAUGUUCACGGUGUAGAGCUCUCAUUAGCUCACUAAUGGAUUUUGUCAGUGGGGUAUCUGUCAGGAAUCAUGCAUUUAUAAUGGGGGUCACUUAUUGGGGGGGGGGUAUUGACAGCAAAACACCUCAACAUGUCAAGCAAAUAGCCUUCAGAUUUACUGGUGAUGUCAUAGGGAAUCAUUUGCACUGAGGAGGAAGAGUUUGCAUUAAAAAUGUUAAAUUUAGCAAGGAAAUUACACACACUUCAUCAUAAAAUAUGUCAGAAAACGUAUUUAUUAAAAUGUUCACAUUUGGUUAAUCAAGAACUUAAACUACCUGCUGUCCUGCUUUAGACAGACUAUAAUUUGUCAUAAUUUGGAUCUUUUGUUUUAUGAGAAUAGAUGAUACCUUGGUCAAGAGAAAUGUCUCCUUUUUGGAGAUGAAACUCUUCAAUUACACACAAGUAAGAUCGAUUAUGAUGAAUAAGUGCUCUCCUUAAUGAAUCCACCCGCCGCUGAGAUUUUUUAAAAUGUAAAAUGGCAAGUGUUUUUGUGUAGAGUAGAAUAUAAAAACUGUGACCAGCUUAGCCUUAUUACUAUACUGUAAAUGGCCCACAAUCUGCUUUUAGAAACGUCUUUUAGAGGCACAAUGGUGAUUUAAGUGUUAUAUGUUUGUUAUAGUCAAACAGGAAAGUUUUGCUACAGUCAGUGUUGGUAUUUUGAAGCUGUUGUUCCCUGUUUUAUUACUGGAAUUCAGAGUGAUGGGAUAAAAGAUUUGAAGUGUUUGUCUAUAUGAAGGUAAUAUGUUUUGGAUUUAUUUUUAACAUGUUUCGAUUUUUUAUUAUUGUGAAUGUUCUGUUUUUGAGUCAAGAGAUUUGAUGGUGACUUUGCGUUGCCUCUGCUGUUCCGCUAAAGCUUGCUAAAAUGUAUUUCUGACUGACGCUUUGAGCUACCUCCCGAGGGCUGUUGUUGGUUUUAAACCGAGGGGUCACAGCGUAUGUGACCCCCUGAAACAUAUGCUCCUUGUCCUCUCGCCCUCCACUAUGACAGAGCCCAGACCUGUGAACGUGAGGUCAUCGCUAAUGGCAGACAAGGUCAAGGAUCAUAUUUGAGUCUGAAUGGAUUUUCCACAGCUGUACACAGGAGUUUGCACGAGCACAUGACUAAUAACCACUAUAUUGAAUUAAGAUAUGAAGUCAUAUCAUAAUAUUCUCUGUGGUAUUUUCUUUUUCUUUUUUUUUUCUACUUCAUACAGCUGCUUUUAGCUUUCGGCUGUUUGAGCUUUAAUAAGCACUUAUUGUAUUCAAGAGAUAUUUUGUGCUGCCUCUUGCAUCAGAGCUGCUGAGGAGCAAAUGAGACUCAGCUGUCACUUUCACACAUUUGUCAGAAUGUGACGAAUAUAAAGUAUGAAAGGCAAUACCAAAUGAAGCCUUUUGAUAGCUGACGAGAUCAUUAUAAAUAUAUGAAAUUUCCCUACUGAAUGAAUCCUGGUCAGCUUAGUUUUCAUCAGAUUUAAUCAAUUUCUUCAUUUUCUCUAGCAUCAAGAUAAAUGUUUUAACUGUCAUCUAUCUGUUUAUGAAUAUGAAUUUAUUUUAGUAUUCCUGCCUUUCUCCUUUUUCCCCCAUUUUUUUAAAAUCUGAAACUGUGACAUUUAUUCCCCUCUGACAUCCUGUGAAAACAGACAGGUCAUAUUCCACUUUAUCUAGAAGAGCAGAGUUUGGAAAAUCAGUUAAGUGCCGAGAUGAUCUCAUGUGACUGUUUUUUGACUCCCACUACAUUCCAGUUGGAGAUCCACAAACAUGGAUGAUCGUAACCUUGACACAAGUUACAACCGGUAACCCUGUGUCCGCCCGUCCUACCUGAGGCCAUGGCCUUCAGGGCCCCAUCUCUCCCUGAUAAGGGCUGAUUGGUUGCAGUGCAGUCUAACCUCUGACAUGAGUACACUCCAGGGGACUGUGGGUAAUUGUGAUAUUUUUUUUUCUUAGUAUUACAAAAAAGAAAAACACAUAGAGGGAGAAAAAAAGCGAGGCAGGAUUUGACGCUUCAUCAGUUAAAUGAUGCUGAACCAUGUUAACUUAGCCGUCCGUGAAAAGAAGGAGACCUUUGACUAAUGUUAGACUUAAAUAUACAUUUGCAGCCUUCUACCCGUUUGUGUAAAAAAAAAGGGUAAUAUACAGUUUCCUGUCUUAUAUCAGCAUAAUUGUCUCUGAGCCUCAAUAGUGGCGCUGGUGCAAUCGUUCUUGGUAAUGCUGUAAAAAAUAAAUAAAAAUGUAAUGGUUCAUUUCCUGUGUGCUACUAUGAUGUGAAAUGGGCAGAGUAGAAAUGACAGAACAUGAUACAAUAGGAUGCCGUCAUUUUUUUCCUGUGUUGUCACUUUAGCUUGCUCACAGCCUCUGGAAAAUGUAUUCUUAGGUUUUUGUCUCUGAUGUUAGUUUUUUAUCACCUCGGCUGCCAUCUUGAAUGUUGAAUAUCUUUGAUCAUGUGCUGAUGUCACUUGCAUAGCAGUGUUUGCUAUCGAGGAAGAAAAAGUAUUCUUUAUCUUUGCUAUCCUGAGUAUGUCCACAUUCCUAUUGUUCAUGACAUCUGUACAAUUUGUAUAUUAUAAAAUGAUUUAUAUUUAAUGUG